GUCUUUUAUAUGAAUGUUGGGUGUUUGUGUUGGUCUGUGUUGAGCCUGCUAGAACCUGUUGGAAUGUGUUUCUAUGUACGCAGGUCCCUGAGUAACAGGUAGGCAGAGCUGCUGCUGAUUAAACACUCACAUGUAUAUUUAGGUAUUAAAUGGCAGCAUAAUAAAUGUGUGGAAGGUUCUUAGCCUCUGGACAGUGUAUGUUAUGGAAGCAUGCGGACAUGGAGGAGUAGGCAGCGGGUGUAUUCCUUGGUGGACGGGACAGGUCGGUGGACUGUUCUGUGACUUCGAGAAAAAACCGAUGGGCUACGAAACACCAAAUGAGACCUGAAACAAAGACCAGGAAAACCACCGAUGGCUGGAUGUGACUGACGUUUCCAGGGUUCAUAGCCACUGGCCUUGACAUAGCAUCCAGAGAGCAUCAUGGGAGGAGCAGUGGUGGACGAUGGACCUCCCGGGGUGAAGGCACCGGACGGCGGCUGGGGUUGGGCGGUGUUGGCUGGCGGCUUCGUCAUCACCGGCUUCUCCUACGCUUUCCCCAAGGCCGUCAGUGUCUUCUUCAAAGAGCUGAUUCGAGAAUUCGACGUCGGCUACAGUGACACGGCCUGGAUCUCGUCCAUACUGCUGGCCAUGCUGUAUGGAACAGGCCCUCUGUGCAGUGUGUUGGUGAACCGGUUCGGCUGUCGACCGGUGAUGAUGGUUGGAGGGCUCUUUGCCUCGCUGGGAAUGAUCCUGGCCUCCUUUGCCACCAGUAUCAUUCACAUCUACCUGUGCACUGGAGUCAUCACAGGUCUGGGUCUAGCGUUGAACUUCCAACCGUCCCUCAUAAUGUUGAAUCGCUACUUCAGUGAGAGACGUCCUCUGGCCAAUGGCUUGGCAGCGGCGGGCAGCCCUGUGGCUCUGUGCUGCCUCUCCCCACUGGGACAGAUUCUCCAGUACAAGUAUGGCUGGAGGGGCGGGUUCCUCAUCCUGGGAGGGAUACUGCUCAACUGCUGUGCCUGUGGGGCCCUCAUGAGGCCCCUGCUGCCCCCAAAGAAGCUGGAGGAAAGCGCUGUCGUGGCUGCCGAGGUGAAGAAGCCCAAGAAGAAGCUGUUGGACUUCAGCGUGUUCAAGGACAGGGGUUUCCUCAUCUAUACCCUAGCAGCGUCUAUCAUGGUGCUGGGCUUGUUCGUGCCCCCUGUGUUUGUGGUCAGCUACGCUAAAGGCCUGGGCUACGAGGACACAAAGUCCGCCUUGCUGCUCACCAUCUUGGGAUUUGUUGACAUGUUUGCUCGGCCUGCGUCAGGACUCAUUGCAGGCUUGAAGUGGGUCCGGCCCAGGACAGUCUACCUGUUCAGCUUCGCUAUGCUCUUUAACGGGAUCACUGACCUUGUAGGAUCACAGGCGAAGGACUAUAACGGUCUGGUGGUCUUCUGCAUCUUCUUUGGAAUGUCCUACGGCAUGGUUGGGGCGCUGCAGUUCGAGGUCCUCAUGACCAUUGUAGGGACGGAGAAGUUCUCCAGCGCCAUUGGCCUGGUUCUGCUGAUGGAAGCGUUUGCCGUACUGCUGGGACCUCCUGGAGCAGGUCGCCUCCUGGACACCACCCAUCAGUACAUGCACGUCUUCUUGUUGGCCGGCUGCGAGGUCACACUGUCAGCCAUCGUCAUCGCCCUGGGUAACUUCCUCUGCCUCAGUAGGAGAAAGGAGCAUCCAGAGGCUAAGAUGGAGAUGGCGGUCACUGCUACAGAGGAGGAGGGCCUGAACUGUGUGGUGGAGGGUGAGGAAGAUGAGGAAGGUGAAGAGGAGCCAAGGGGAAAACAGAUGGGAGAAAACAGUGCUCAGAAGGCCGGGGACGAACGCAUCGUUAUGUAGAAUAACACGAGUGAUCAAUGAGCACCAAAAGGUCACAAAGCGUACUGGAGGCGCGGGGGGGGGGGUCUUUGGCAUAUAUAUAUAUAUAAAGCCUACACACUCACAUGUGUGUGGAUAGAUGUACAUUAUAUUUAUAAUAUAUGAACUCACCUGUAUUGCUUCAUGUGACGUAAAUAUAUACAGAUACAUGAUUUCUCUAAAUAAGAAAUGAAUGGAACAGGCUUUGUACUUCCACAUUCAAGUAUAUUUAUUCUGCUUUAUUUAUUGUAUAGAUGUUCUCAUUUCUUUUAAUAGGUCUUUCUGUACGUCUACCUAGCGUCCAGCUCCCCCCCCCUCCCUGACCCUUUAGCACACUGCCUCCACCAGGACGGACAGUGAGAUACUGUACUGCGCUGUAAAAUAAGAAUUAAAUGACAACUCACACUGAAAAAGUGGUUUUGACAAUUGUGUUUGUAGUGUCCAGGGUCCGACCAACCCUGCCUUGCUCACUUGUAAUGUGACGCUCCACCACUAGGUGUCGUUGUGGGAUACUUGAACCAACUUGACAUUCUGCACUGGUGUUGUGUACUCAGCUGAUGAAUGUAUGUCAAGUUGAGCGCACCCCAAAGGUCUUACUGCAGUUACACUGCGACCUGCUGUGUUGUACUGGUGUGCUAAAUGUCUUGUUCUAAUGUUUCGGGUUCGAGUUCAAACAGCCUAAAUAAACUUUUUGUGCACAAAUGUCA